UUGCAGGGUGUCACAGGGAGUCGGGGCGAGUCUCGUGCAGCCUGCAGACGCCGUCGAGCAGCCAGGAUGGGUGCGUGCAGCAACGCUCGCCUUACGAUGACAACACGUCUUCUUCCUUGAUUCUCCCAAAGUGACUCAUGCGUAACUGCUGAGGUCAUCGCACGAGACGUCCAUAUCGCAAGGGAAGUUCAGGUUGAAGGUUCACUUGAAAUUUCUUCGGGGUCCUUACCAAAACCAAAAAAAAAAAAAAGGAUGCAUCCACAGCCGCGACGUGACCCGUCCAUGUCUGGGAAAGAGCGCAGCCCCCGUCACAGGCCGUGGUCAGUCUACCGGGCCAACACGUUUGAUCUUUCAUCGGAGAUGAUGGGGCUGGCUCUGUCAGGCAACAGUCAGGACACGGACGAGCCAGUGUUAGAGUUCACUUUGGUCUGCAGCGAGCUGGUCACACCCACUGUGGACCGUAAGCCCAGCAGCUUUGUGGCCGUCAGCUGCACCACUCCCCCCCAAGCCUUCUGGACCAAACACUCUCAAACAGAAAUUAUUGAGGGGACGAGUAACCCCAUCUUCUUGAGCAGCGUGGCCUUCUUCCAGGACUCUCUAAUCACACAGCAGACGCAGGUCAAGCUCUCUGUCUAUGAUGUGAAGGAUCGCUCCCAGGGCACUAUGUACUUGCUGGGCUCGGCCAUAUUUUCGUUGAAGGAGCUCCUGCAGGACAAACACCAUCGUCUGCACCUGGCUCUCAGGUCGGCCGAGAAUGAGCGCGUGGGCAACCUCACAGUCAUCGCCUGGCAGAUUGAGGAGAAACAUGAGCAGAAAGCUUCGGUCGCCAAACUACAGCGAGGAGACACCGUUAACGGAAGGAUGGUUCUUCCAGUCGACGAAAGCCUGACUGAAUCUAAAGGCAUCAAGUCCAAGUCUUCGUCCCUGUGUAAAGACCCCCUGCUGAAGGCCGUGUUCGGAGGUGUCAUGUCGCACACGUACCGUUUCCCCACGACGGACGGCAACCAUCUCCGCGUCCUCGAGCAGAUGGCUGAGAGCGUGCUCUCCCUGCACAUCCCUCGACAGUUUGUGAAGUUGCUUCUGGAAGAAGACGCUGUCAGGUGUUGUGAACUGGAAGAACUGGGCGAGUUGUCUCCGUGCUGGGAGAACCUCAGGAGGCAGAUCAUCACUCAGUACCAGACCAUCAUUCUCACAUAUCAGGAGACCAUUAGUGACCUGCAUGAAUACAAAGGACCUUCUUUUAAAUCCAGCACACUGAAGGCUGAGCGCAAGUUGGAAUUUAUUCCGACAAAUUUGCACAUCCAGAGGAUGAGAGUACAAGGAGAUUCCGGCUAUGACCACACGUACGACGUGGUGACUAACGGCGCACCCGCUGCACAUCAUCAAGGCUUUAAAGUCUGCGGCCUGAGGAAGCUCCUGCAAAAGCUUGAAGAGGCCAGACAACACUCCUACGAGGAAGAAAGUUCCGCCGGGCCGAGAGGAAUGGCGUACCAGCCGCAGGAUAUCGUCAGAGCAAAGGAGCUGAUUGGCCAAAUUAACACGCUGAAGACCCAAGUGUGCUACUACAUUGAGCGUCUGACCAGAGCGGCCAAGGAGCGCUCGGCCAACGCGCUGGAGAGAACUUUAGCUGUCCUCAAGGAGAAGACUCGCCAGUUGGUGAGCGUAUGCGACUCCAAGCUCUUGUCCUCGGCCAUCAUCGCCCUGGCCGCCGCACGCCCAGCGUACGCCCUGCAAGGCACUCCGUCCCCUUCCUCAUCCUCCCUCUCGCCUUCCUCGCGCUCGCCCUCGCGCUCGCCGGCUCACCACCCAUCGUCCCCUUCGAGGGUGGCUACCUCGCCCUCCCGCCUCGCCACCCCCCCUGACAGCAUCGACGCGAUUAAAAACAAGCGAGCCUCCUUGAAUGCGGAGGAGUGGGAGAAGGUGUGGCUGAAUGUGGACAAGAGUCUCGAAUGUGUUAUCCAGAAGGUGGACAGGAUGCUGCGAGGGGAUCAGCUACAGAGCGACAGCAGCUCUGAUGAUGUGUUUGCGUUGGCCAGUGAAGACACUACAAACAGCAAAAAAGGGAGCAGUCCUGAGCGGGGAAAAACAUCUCCAGGCGAGUGGGCCGAGGCCCUGCACCCUCUUCUCUCCACGCUGAGCGACCGCGCCUCGCUAAUGAGCGACAAAGCCAAGAAAGCCAUGGUGUUCCUCCUCAUGCAGGACAGUGCCCCUACCAUCGCCAUGAGCCUCACACUGCAGUACCGCCGCGACGUUGUCUUCUGCCAGACGCUGACAGCUCUUAUCUGCGGCUUCGUCCUCAAGCUGAGGAACAGCCUGUGUGACUCGGGCUUCCUCAAGCAGCUCCACACCAUCGGCCUGUUGGUGCAGUAUGAGAGCUUGCUCAGCACCUACGGUGAGGAGCUUGCCAUGUUGGAGGACAUGAGCGUCGGGGUGACCGACCUGAGGAACGUCACCUUUAAGAUCACGCAAGCGAGUACGGUCUUCAGUCCGGACAUGCUUCCCGUCAUCACAGGAAACAGGAACGGCUUUAAUGUCAGGGUCCCCAUCCCCGCCGCCAUUUUUGACGGUCUGCCGCGGGAAAUCCAAAAUGGCAUGCUGCUGCGCGUGCAACCCGUCCUCUUCAACGUAGGCAUCAAUGAGCAGCAAACGCUGGCUGAGAAGUUUGGUGACACAUCUCUGCAGGACGUAAUCAAUACGGAGAGCAUGGCUCGUCUCAGCUUGUACUACGACCACUUUAAAGAAGUCCUGCCGGAAGAUUGUCUUCCUCGCUCACGCAGCACCACCAAUCUGCCCGAUUUGCUCAAACAGCUUAGCCACAACGUCAACGCCAAAAAGAGCAAGAAUGUGGAGAUUUUGUGGCAGGCAGCAGAGGCGUGCCGACGCCUGAACGGCGUGCGCUUCACAAGCUGCAAGAGUGCCAAGGACCGCACGGCUAUGUCGUUGACACUGGAGCAGUGUCACAUCCUGCAGCAGGAACACGCUUUGGCGCCGCAGGUCUUCUACCAGGCCCUGGACUGUAUGCGCAGCGAGGGCUGUAGACGGGAGAAUACGAUGAAGAAUGUGGGAUGUCGCAAAUACGCCUUUAACUCACUCCAGCUCAAGGCCUUCCCCAAAGAAUAUCGCCCCCCGGAGGGCACGUACGGGAAAGUUGAAUCCUAACUGGAGAAGAAAGAUUGACAAAUUUACAGCAUACACGCACACGCACACAGUGACAGUUGUUGUGUUUAGUCACCAAUAAGGAGAUUUGUUUAUUUCCAAGUGCUAUUGUAGAUUGUUUUCUAGUGAUUUUGCUUCCUUUCAGUUGAAUUACAACAAAGGACUAUUAGUGGCAAACUGAAGAAAAAAAAACCACUACAAGAUUAGGAGUAAUCAUUUAAGAACACUCAAGUAUUAUCCGGGGGAAAAAAUGAAUACUUUUAAAAAAACAAUUAUUUUUAUUCCUCUUGACUCAAAUUUUAACAAGCGGAUUUCAAAAUUCUCCUAUUCUCACAAUAUUACAACUUUAACAAUGAAGAUCUAAGACUUUAUUCUCAUGACAUUUUUAAUGUUAAAACUAUACAUAUAUAAACUUUAUUCUAUUUUUUUGCUUCAAUCUUGAAACUGUCAAACUAUUCUCAUAAUUAUGACUAGUCUUGUGAGAUUGGUUUAAUUUUACAAAUCAAUAUAACACUCAUCUAGAAAAUAUAUUACUUUAUUCUCAAAUUAAGACUAAUCUUGAAAAUAAAACUUAAUCCUCACAAGAUUACAAUUUUAAUCUUAAAAAUAUGACUUUUAUGUCUUGAUUGAAAAUAUGCAGCAUAAUUCUCAAAACAGUACAAAUUUAA